CCCUGAUGGGCGGUGACCGAGCCUCUCCCACCCGGGCCGGAGCAGGAGUCGCGUUUCCUCAUUUCUAGGCUGAAGUGCAGCCGGGCGAGGCUGGAGCCUCGCCCCCAGCAGCCCCGGGGCUGCGGCAGCGUGUGGCCGUCCGCGGGCGGAGCGGCCAGGGGCAGGAUGGUGGAUCCGGAUUUCACCAAGACGCUGCUGCUAGAGGUGCUGCGGGCAGCCGGGACAGGGAACGCCCAGUGCGCAGACUGCGGGACAGCCGAUCCUGAGUGGGCCUCUUACAAGCUUGGAAUAUUCAUUUGUUUGAAUUGCUCUGGGAUUCAUCGCAACCUUCCUGAAAUCACCAGGGUCAAAUCCAUCCACCUUGACUUCUGGGAGAAUGAUCUAGUAGAGUUUAUGAAGACGCAUGGGAAUCUCUGUGCCAAGGCUAAAUAUGAGGCAAAAGUCCCUCCUUUCUAUUACAUCCCCCAUUCCAAGGACUGUCUAGUUUUAAAAGAACAAUGGAUCAGAGCUAAAUACGAGCGGGAAGAGUUUGUUGCCACCAGUGUCUGCCAUGAAACAGGUUCCUCAGCAUCUGCAGGCAGCCGUGAAGGAUUUCUGUGGAAGCGGGGGCGGGACAGCAGGCAGUUCCUGAAGAGGCGGUUCCUCUUGUCGGCAACAGAAGGUGUGCUGAAGUACUACACCAAAGAGUCUAAAGGUCCAAAAGCUGUGAUCAGCGUAAAGGAUCUGAACGCAAUGUUCCAGACGGAGAAAAUCAGAAACCCUCAUGGGCUGCAGAUCACAUACAGCAAAGAAGGUCAGACAAGGAACCUCUUUGUCUUUCAUGAAAGUGGAAAGGAAAUUGUUGACUGGUUCAAUGCCAUUCGGGCAGCGCGUUUCCAUUACCUUAGAACCACCUUCCCCACCGCUCCUGAGGCCGAGCUCAUACCCAAGAUUACAAGGAAUUAUUUCAAAGAAGGCUAUAUGGAGAAAACAGGGCCACAGCACAAGGAGGCCUUUAAGAAGCGCUGGUUCAGCCUGGACUCUCAGGAGAGGAACCUGUUCUACUUUAAAGACCCGCUGGAUGCCUUUGAACUGGGCCGAGUUUUUAUUGGAAGCAAAGAGCAGGGAUAUGAGGUCCAGGCUGACUUGCCCAGAGGAGUCACAGGGAAGAGGUGGAAAGCUGGGCUCACCAUAGUCACGCCACACAGGAAGUUUGUGUUUGUGUGUGAAAAUGACAGGGAGCAGAAGGAGUGGACAGCGGCUUUGAAUGAAGUCAUCUCCCAGCCUCUGACAGCCUAGGACUAGUGAGGCCACUCUCGGGCUGCGCUGACCACCAGACCAGAUGACUUGGGCACACGGGUUGAGGUGGGAAGAUAAACUCAGAGACAUUUUACCUGCUGACAACUGUUUUUGCAUUUGUCUUCUGUCCCGGAAAGAGGGGAGCGAGGGAUUGCAUUUCCAAGGCUCAUUCCAGUCCAGCCUACAAGGGCCAUGGUGUUUGGUGGGAUGUGGCCACCUUAGCAGUAGGAAGCAGACCAAGAUAACCACAUUCAGUUCAUGGGACUAUCAAACGUUGUUAUGUUCAAAGAGCCUUUUGGCUGCUGCUGACAUGGACUGCACUGGAGACAGCGACCAGGAGAAGAGAGUGCUGCAUCCCGGUGUUAAGGCCUACAGGGGGAUUUUCAAAAGGGCUUAGCACUGGCCUAACUCUGUUCCCACUGAAAUCAGUGUGUCAUGACCCACGGGUCUCAAACACGGGCCCACAAGGUUCAUGGAAGCUGCCACGUUCCAGCCCACCACCCAGCAGCCAGCUGGCAGCAAGUUACCUGAGACCCAUGAACCUCAGCUCCAGUGUAAGGCUCCGCUCCUGAAGUCCAAAUGGCAGAGUCCCAGGGCAACUGAUCGUCCCGCUGGCCCUACUGAAGCCAGCAGCAGGAACAGGAAGCUGUCUGAACUGGGGCUGUUCUGGACUGCUCGCCUGUGCUCCCCUGGCUUGAUCUUCUGGCAUCUGCCUCACGGUUCCUGACGUCCAGUUUGUCUCCUGCCUCUGAUCCCCUGAUAUCCUGACCCAGCCUGACUCUGAUUCCUGACUUGUGGUUUGCUUCUGACCUCGUGGUAUCCCGACUCCUGUCUCAUGCCUGUGGAUUUGGCUCUAUUAGGUCUGUCUAACCCGGCUGUGACAUAGUGGGAGUUUUACCAUUGACUCCAGUAGGAGCGGCAUUAUGCCAAUGCUGAGCACCCAGCCUACGAGCAAAUCCUAAGAGGGGACGUGCAGCCCUAACUCUUGUUGGCUUCAGCAGGUUCUCGGAACCUCCCAGGAUACGUCCCAUGGGUUAGAAUGAAAGGACUGCCCCCUUUUGUUAUAAGUGGGUCCAAGGCCCUGUGUUGGGUUGUACGUUUUGGUGACAAAAUCCCCAAAUUCUGGAAAAAUAAAAGACAGUUUUGACCUCCUCUGACUGCCUAUGUAAUCACAGUAGUAAGGAAUCCCUGCACAGCACCCUUUAUCCCAGGAUCUCAACUCUGACCCCAUAUUACAGAUGCGGAAUCUGACAGACAGGGAGAGUAAGGCCAAUUUUGUCAAAAGCAAGGACCGAUCUUGGGCAUCCAGUCUGAGAUACCUUGGGCUUGAUAUUCAGAAGUACAGGGCCCUCACAAUCCACAUAAAUACAGCUGGGGCUAUGGGCCGACACUCUCUUGACAAUUAGGCCUAAAUUGGGCACACCAUAUCAGAGACCACUUUUGUCUUGCCUUUAGGCCCACAGUGAAUCAGUGCCAGAACUGGGGACAGGACUCAGGGGCCAUGACUCCGAGGCCCUGAUUCACCAUUACCCUGCACCUUGUGUAAUUACUUCUGCCACUUCAAAGGGAACGCAGACACCCCAGCAUAAUGAGGUAGUGUUUUAUCCCCACUCUGUGCUGGUGUCAAUGAAUAUUGGGCAACAGUGAAUUGGGCCUUUUGUCCUCUGCUCUAAUCACAGAGAAACAUUCUCUCCUCUCGCUGCUAGGGCUGGGUGAAAGUUCAGAGGGCUGGUCGAGUCAAGCAGCCGGACAUCUGGAUGUUUUUCUUUGUAUCUGGACUGUUUUAGUCUGCAGAUCAGGCUGGAAAUCUUGCAAGCAAAAUGUAUGGUGAGGCUGCCUGCACUUACUGAUAUGUUCCAGCCUGCCUGAAACACCCAGAGUAGCUUGCUUUUCCUGCUAAAACGAGGAAGUGCCUGUAGGCCGGGGUGUGUGUGUGUGUGUGUGUGUGAAAUGUUUCAACUGAACUCUUCUGAAUCUCUAAGAAAAAGGUCUGGGUUGGAUCCUCAUUUUAUUUAUUUGAAUGAGUUCAUCAUCAUCUGGCCCUGAGCAAUCUGCUUCUCAAGCUCUGCUUGUCCCUGUAGCCCCCAAUAACCUUGCCAGUGGAGCUGCCUCUGCCUCUCCAGGAGACCUGAUGAAUCAGGCUGGUUUCUGUUCACCCUCUUAUUCAAAAAUCUUUUAACAGGCUAAUCCUGCAUCCAGUGAAAUCAAUAGCACAGCUCCCGAUUGACUUGAAUGGUGUUUCAGGCCCUAGAUCAGUUUUGAGCCACAUGGUUUUACGUUCCUGGAUUUUUGCUCUGAGUUUAUCCAAACUAAACACUGUGAAGCCAUAAAGCAUAAAUCAUAAAGCAACAAUUCAUUGAUUUAAGGCCAGAAAGAACCACUAGAUCAUCUAGUCUGACCCCCUGGAUAACCCAGGCUCUAGAAUUUCACCCAGGAAAGUCUAAUGCGCUACCAAAUAUGCAGACCCACAAGAAUUAUGAUCCACGCUGUAUCUGAUGAUUGCUGGGGGCCGAAGAUCUGCUGUAUCACCAGCUGUGAUCUGAGUUUUGUCAUGAAACCAGGCAAUACACCCUCAGGAAAUGAAUGGAUGCAUUCUGAGCUUCAAUAAACAUUUUGUUGGGCCUCAAAAAGUUUUGCAUGGCUGGUUUC